AUGAUUAAAAGCGAAAACAUUCCAAUUGAUAACAUUAACUAUAAUUUAAAAAUUGAAGAAAACGAUGAUGAUAAUAAAAAGCCUAAAAAGGUAUGUGAAUUAAUAAAUUGUAAUGACAAAAAUAUGAUUAAUUAUAUAUAUAAAGAUAUAGUUUCUGAGGAAAAUGAAUAUGAUCUGCCAAAUAUAAACAAAUUUAACAACUAUAAUAAUGAAGAUAAUACAAAUUAUGAUAUAAAUAAAGACAAAACAAUUAUGAACAUACUUGAUAUGAAUAAAAGGGUACAAAUUCACAAUAAUAUGAAUAAAUCCGAUGCUAAUUAUGAAAUUUAUAUAGAAGAAAAUAAUGGUGUUAUAACUGAAUUAAUUAACCCUGAAAUAUCGAAGAAAGAAUCACUUCAUAAUAUUGUUCCUCGACCUCAAACAUAUAAUAAUAACAAAAAAGAAAAUUUAACUAAAACUAAAUUAGAAAUACCAGAGACACAUUUGAAAAAUUCAAAAAAUACUAUAUUAAUAAAAAAAACGAAUCAAAAAUUAUACCCAACUCAAGAAAACAUAUUAAAUGAAAUAAAUAAAGGCAACAAUGUAAAUAAUGGCUAUGAACAAACAACCUUAAAUAAUAAAAUAUUAGAAAAUACUCCACAAGGAAAUACUGAAAUUUUGGAUGAAAAUCAAAUAAUAUAUAACUCAAAAAAAAAUGAUAAAAAAGUAGAAACUGAUUUAUUUUUAAAUGACGAAAAUAAUUAUUUACACAUUUUUAAAAAUUACAAAACAUAUCAAAUAUUAAAAGUAUUGAAUAUUAUUGCCAAAGAACAUAUAUAUACCAAAAGUUAUCAUUCAGAUAAUUAUGCCAAGAAAUUUGGAAAAACAUCAAAUAUAAAAUUGAACGAUUUAAUAAGCUACAAUGAUCUAGGUAUAAACAAUGAACAAAUACAAAUAAAUAUCAUGGAAAAUGAAGAUGACCCUAAGGACAACAUUAUUGAUAACUAUAAAAUCAGUAAUAAUAGGAUGCCGAUUUUAAAAUCGAUGAACAAAAAUGAAAAAUUAAUAUACUUAUCACUUUUGAAAAAUGUAGAUAAACAUAUUUUACAAAGUAUUAAUAAAAAUAUUUUUUUUUUAAAAAGAAUACAACAAUAUUUCUAUAGAAAAUAUAUUCACAUUAAAUUUCCAAAUGAUUUGGAUAAUUAUUAUUAUUUUAUAAAUAUGGAUUGGUUUAAUAAACUUAAAAAAUUUGUGUUUACUGAUUCUGGAGAAUUUCCAGGUGAAAUCACAAAUUAUAAAUUAUAUAACAAUGAAAACAUUAAUGCAAUGAAUUUUGAAUAUAUCACAAAUAUAGAAAACUUUAAACCUGAUUUAAAAGAAGGUAGAGAUUAUAUAUGUAUUAACAAAUAUAUGUGGAGGUUCUUAUAUUAUACAUUUAAGGGUGCCCCAUGUAUUAAACGAAAUAGUAAUAAUAUCUAUGAUAAAUUUGUACCUAUAUCAAAUAAUGAUAUACCUAAUAAUAAUAUUAUUUAUUCAUUAGAAUCACAAUACAUAGAUAAAUUAUUUUCAUUAUUUAAUUACUUUCAUGAUGAUACUAUAAAUAUAGAAAAUACUUCACAAAACGAAAAUCAAAUAAAAACAAAAAAAUACUUUGCUGAUUCUUAUCACGACCUUUUAAUAUAUUAUAAAUUAGCAAAUGAAAAUCCUAAUACAACUAUUCAUUAUAAUAAUAAAGAAGAAAAUCAUUUUGAAAAAAAAAACCUUGAUUCAAUAAAAAAAAAACCUAUUGAUAAUAUACCACCCAUUAUAUCCAAUAAUUCAAAUAAAGAGUUGAGCCCCCCAAAAAAUAAUAUAACCAAUAAAACUGCCAUCCAUGAAUUCUCCUUAAAUUCGGGUAAUCAAGGUAGAGCACCUAAUACAGAAGUAGCAAAUAGAAAUAAUUUCAAAUGCCCUCAAAGAAAGGGUUCAGAGAGAGCUAAUAACAGCGAUAACCAAAAUAAUCGCAGUCAAAAUAACACUAACCAAAAUAAUCGUAGUCAAAAUAACACUAACAAAAAUAAUGGCGGUCAAAAUAACGCUAGCCAAAAUAAUGGUGAUCAAAAUGAAGGUGACAAAAACCGAGACGAUAAAAAUAGUGAUAAUCAAAACAGAAAUAAUAGUGACACCAGUCAAUCUAACAGUAACGAUGAAAGCGUAAGAAAAAAGGAGAUGCAUAUGAAUAUUGCGAAUCAAAAUAAAAGAGGUAAACCAAAAUAUGGCCCAAACAAAACUAAUAACCCCGAAAUUGGAAAUAUGAAAAGAGAAUGCUCUGAUGGAAAUGACACCAAAAGUACUAGCAUUGAAUAUAAUGAUCGUGCUAAUAAUAAUCCCCUCAAAAAAAACGCCAAUUUUAAAGGCCAUAAAAAUAUAGAAAAUAAAAUGAACCCCCAAAAUGGAACAUUAAAUAGUAACAAUGAUACUAAUCAAAAUUAUUUGGCACUUCAUAAUACAUCAUCAAAAAAAAAUUCUAUUGCUUAUCAUUCAUCAAAUGGAAAUGAUAUUUAUAAAUCGUGUGAAGAAUAUAAUAAUGGUGUUACAUCAAGUAAUGGAUAUGUUACUACAACUGAAACAGAUUCUAAAGGAACGAUAGAAAAUAUCUUGAAAAAUAACUUCAAUAAAAAAAAACAUCAAACUAACGCCAACAGUAGUAGUUGUACUAAUAUGAGCAGUACCAAUAGCAGUUGUAGUUAUAACAGUGAACAUAAUAAAUCGGAGAAAAGUGGCAGGAAUUAUUCGCCAAGAAUAAAUAAACAAGUUAGUGAAAACGACGCCAAUAAUAUCAUGAAUCAUCCUGAAAAAGAAAAUAUACAAAAAGAUAAACAAAAUAAUAAUAUGAAUAAAAAUAUAUCAAAAAAAAAUAAUACAACGAUAACCUACAAAAGCAUUUGUUCUAGUGACAGUAGUAAUGUUGCCAAUAGCAGUAGCUAUCAAACGAAAAGUAGCAAUAGUAGCAAUUUUAGUAUACGUGGCCAAAGUUCUUCUAAUUUUAAUAGUGAUACUUGUAAAAUGAAUAAGAAAAAUUCAAUGGAAGAAAAUAAACAAAAUGAAAAUGUAAAUAGUAUAUUAAAAAUAGAACACCCAGCUGGUAUUAUAAAUUACUCUACUACUUGCUAUGUUAAUGUAGUUAUGCAAUGCUUAUCAGUUUUUCGCAUAUUUAUAUACACAUUACACAAUUAUGUAACAAGUAAAUUUAAGGAUUUCAAUGCAUCAAGUGAUGAUAGUAAUAGUAAAAAUAACUCAAUUGUUAACAAAAAUUUUUUUACAAAUUCUAUACCUUUUAAUUUGUUUGGAAAUAAUAAUAAAAAUAAUAAUGAACUUUUACUUGUAUCACUUUCAAAUAAAUUAUUUGAAUUAAGUAAAAUGCAUAAUACCUCCAAAGUAAUAGAAAUUAAUAGAUUUUUAAAUUUAUUAAAUCAAAAAUAUUCUUAUUUAUUUGAAUGCAAUGAACAACAAGAUUGCCAUGAGUUCCUUUUAUUAGUUUUUGAUUAUAUUCAUAAUAUGAUGAAAAUAGUUGAUGAAUCGGUUGAUAAAAAUAAUCAAAUCGAUUAUUAUCUAAAAAAAGAGCAAUCGAUUAUAUCAGAUCAAUUCUUAGGCUUAAUUGAAGAAAAAAUUACAUGUUCUAAUUGUGAAUAUGUCAAUUGUAUAUAUCAGCCUAUUUAUAAUUUAAGUGUUAAUUUUUUUAAAAAAAAUACAGAAAAUAAUUUAAAUGACAAUCUUAUUGAAUAUUUUAAAAAAGAAGAAGUUAAUUCUACUUGUGAAAAAUGUAAAUCAACAAAAAUGUAUAGAUGCUCUUAUGUAUACAAACAACCAAAAAUUCUAAUUGUUCAUUUAAUUCGAUUGUUAGAAGAUGGAUCGAAAAUAGACAAACCCAUCAAAUUUGAUAUCUCCAAUUUUAACAUCCAAAAUGUAUUAAAGAAGGAAAACGAUAAUUUUAUUGAACCGCCAAAAAAUUAUGACCUAUGUGGUGUUAUUGUUCAUAGGGGACUCAAUUCGAAUUAUGGCCAUUAUAUAUGCUACACUAAAAGAGUACAUUCCAAUGGAAAGACAGUGUGGUAUAAAUUUGAUGACAGCCUAGUGCGAAUGGUCGAUAUUAAAGAAGUGGCAUCAGCCAAAGCAUAUUGUCUUUUUUACGAAAGCAAAUAA